AUGGCUGACGCGCGCGGAGAGUACUGGUAUUAUGAAGACGGUGUCGACCCCAACAAGAUAACGGUCCCGGAACUGAGGAGCAUUCUACUUCGACAUGGCGUCACAUACCCAUCCUCCGCAAAGAAGCCAGCCCUAGUUGGCAUGUUCGUCGACUUAGUUCUCCCCCAGAAAUCGCAAGUUCAAAGGGCGCAGGCACGCACAAAACGAUCGACGCGGGGCAUCGUUGAUGUUCCCUCCAGUUCAGCGAGUACAGUAGAGACAGAUGAUGCCGAAGAUGAGACGCUUGUAGUACCUACGCCCGCGACCGCACGUCGCACAACCCGACGGACAACUCGCGAACCGACCGAGGAAGCAGCUGCACCGACACUACGCGCCAAGACGCCCUCGCGGGCUAUACCUGCGAAACACAGCAGAUCGCUUGAGCCUGAGGUAGACGAGCGACCGGCGGCUAGACGUACACGCAAGAGCGUCACUCCUGCGCCGAAAGAACCCACGCCCGAGCCGGAAGCGUGGCAUCGCAAUGAUGCCGCCAGUCCUUUUACCCAGGAAAACCCCUUCCAAAGCGGGAGUUCUCCUGUGGUACCGGAUACGAUAUCGCGAGAUCGACGUAGGCGGACUACAGGAUAUGCUCAGCAGGAGAGGCGCAAGAGCGACGCGCACCGCCGAAGGACCUUCCAGCCCAAGGCUGAACAACUAGACGAGGGCAUUAUGGUACCUACACGCGGAACAUUUGACGUGGCGGACCCGCGUGUGCAGCAACAGGAGGACGAUCUUGCAGAUGCCGGCGAAGAGUUCACUCCAGAAGAGCAGCUUGAUCUAGUGCGCGAGCGGGCAAAGUCUGGAGAAUUGGAUAUUCUGCCUCCACGCAGACGCAGACAGAAAGGCAAGAAGACCGGUACUAUCAAGGCAAUGGCCGGCACUCUUUUCCUCACAGCAUCAGCCGCGUUUGCAGGCGUCUGGCGGCAGGAAAAGAUUGAAGUUGGCUUCUGUGGUGUUGGACGAGAUGCUACCGGACUUGCUGGCGUGGAGAUACCGAGCUGGGCAGAUCAGAUUCUUCCACAAUGUGAGCCUUGUCCGCCACACGCGCAGUGUUUCCGCGGAUUGACCCUCAGGUGCGAUCCUGAUUUCAUCAUGAAGGAUCAUCCGCUAUCUCUCGGUGGCCUGGUUCCUGUCCCACCUACUUGCGAACCAGACAGCGAGAAGACACGCAAAGUAAAUGGUAUUGCGAACAAGGCAACAGAAAUACUACGGCAACACAAGGCCCAGUACGAGUGUGGAGAGCCUGACGCUACCGGCAAUCCAGUGGAAAGCCCUGAAGUAAGCGAAGUAGAUCUGAAGCAGCAGAUGGUAUCUCAGAAGAGCAAGAGCUUGACGGAUCAGGAAUUCAGUGAGCUGUUUGACAGAGCCUUCCCCGACCUGGUUAUGCGGGAAGAAAUAGUCCAAAGCACAGAUGGAACAACAGGCGAACGUCGUCUCGCAUCCACCUCCCUCGCCAAGCUCUCCCUCUCCUGCAGCGUCCGAAGAUCCCUCCGACAAUCUUUUGAACGACAUCUUCUCCAAAUUAUAACCAUACUCUUCCUUAUUGCCACUGGCUCCUAUGGAAAAUACGCAUACACUAGUAACCGGGCGAUGGAAGUUCGCGCAAAGCAACUAGCAAGUGACGCGUACGACAGACUUCAGGACCAAGCCGCGUUGAGCUACUACGACUCUGGGGCGGAGAAGGGCAUUAGUAUGACACAACUACGAGAUGACGUUUUGAGGACUGAAUUCAAUGCAAAACGACGACAAAAACUGUGGACGAGGGUACAGGCGAAGGUUGAAAAGAACAGCAACAUUCGCGCAGGUGUCCGAACAACAGCUAGCGGUGACGUUGCUCGCAUGUGGGAAUGGGUCGGUCCUGUGAAGCGAAUUGACGAUGGACGGAGUCCUGAGAAGCGGGAGAAUGCCAGGUUUAGUCUUGGCAUGGGCAGCAGCCCUCCAUCUGCCUCUCGGGACACGAAGGAGGUCCAGAAGUGGGAAGAGGGACAUCCGAUUUACUAG